CCCCAGCACCAAGGCACACUAAGCAGAACAGGCUGAGCAUACAGACCCACGGCAACUGACCCCAGGCCCAGCUGGCCUUGGCUGGUCCAGGUCAGCCUCCGGAGUAUGGUCUGGUGGGGGUCCCCUUUCCUGUUCCCCAUUCUCUUCUUGGCCUCUCGUGUUGGUGCAGCUGUGGAUUUAACCCUGUUGGCCAACCUGCGCAUCACCGACCCGCAGCAUUUCUUCCUGACUUGCGUGUCUGGCGAGGCCGGGGCAGGGAGGGGCGCAGACGCCUGGGGCCCGCCCCUGCUGCUGGAGAAGGAUGACCGCAUCGUGCGCACCUUCCCACCCGGGCAGCCCCUGAACCUGGCGCGCAACGGCUCCCACCAGGUCACGCUGCGGGGCUUCUCCAAGCCCUCAGACUUGGUAGGGGUCUUCUCCUGCGUGGGCGGCGCCAGCACACGGCGCACUCGAGUCCUCUACGUGCACAACAGCCCGGGAGCCCACCUGUUUCCAGACAAGGUCACGCACACCGUGAACAAAGGAGACACAGCUGUGCUUUCCGCACGUGUGCACAAGGCAAAACAGACGGACGUGAUAUGGAAGAACAAUGGAUCCUACUUCCACACCCUUGACUGGCAUGAGGCCCAUGAUGGGCAGUUUCAGCUGCAUCUCCAGAACGUGCAGCCACCAUCUAGUGGCAUCUACAGUGCCACCUACCUCGAAGCCAGCCCCCUGGGCAGUGCCUUCUUUCGGCUCAUCGUGCGGGGCUGUGGGGCUGGACGCUGGGGGCCAGGGUGUGUCAAGGAUUGCCCAGGCUGCCUGCAUGGAGGUGUCUGUCAUGACCAUGAUGGCGAAUGUGUGUGCCCCCCAGGAUUCACUGGUACCCGUUGUGAGCAAGCCUGCAGAGAGGGCCGUUUUGGACAGAGCUGCCAGGAACAGUGCCCAGGCACAGCAGGCUGUCGGGGUCUCACUUUCUGCCUCCCGGAUCCCUAUGGAUGUUCUUGUGGAUCUGGCUGGAGGGGAAGCCAGUGCCAGGAAGCAUGUGCCCCUGGUCAUUUUGGGGCUGAUUGUCGCCUCCAGUGCCAGUGUCAAAACGGUGGCACUUGUGACCGGUUCAGUGGCUGUGUCUGCCCCUCUGGAUGGCAUGGAGUACACUGUGAGAAGUCAGACCGGAUCCCCCAGAUCCUCAAUGUGGCCACCGAGCUGGAAUUCAACUUAGGGACAACGCCUCGGAUCAACUGUGCCGCUGCAGGGAAUCCCUUCCCAGUACGGGGCAGCAUGGAACUCCGCAAGCCAGAUGGCACCAUGCUCCUGUCUACAAAGGCCAUUGUUGAGCUCGACAGGACCACAGCUGAGUUUGAGGUGCCCCGUUUGACUCUUGGGGACAGCGGGUUCUGGGAAUGCCGUGUAUCCACGUCCGGUGGCCAAGACAGCCGGCGCUUCAAAGUCAAUGUCAAAGUACCCCCAGUGCCUCUCACUGCGCCUCGGCUCCUGGCCAGGCAGAGCCGUCAGCUCGUGGUCUCCCCGUUGGUCUCCUUUGGUGGGGAUGGACCCAUCUCCUCCGUCCGCCUGCACUAUCGGCCCCAGGACAGCAUGAUCGCCUGGUCUGCUAUUGUGGUGGAUCCCAGUGAAAACGUGACGUUAAUGAACCUGAAGCCGAAGACAGGAUACAGUGUUCGGGUGCAGCUGAGCCGGCCAGGGGAAGGAGGAGAGGGACCCUGGGGGCCUUCUACCCUAAUGACCACUGACUGUCCUGAGCCUUUGCUGCAGCCGUGGCUAGAGGGCUGGCACGUGGAGGGUCCCGACAGGCUACGAGUGAGCUGGUCCCUACCCUCGGUGCCACUGUUGGGUGACGGCUUCCUGCUGCGCCUGUGGGACGCGGCCCGGGGACAGGAGAGGCGGGAGAACAUCUCAUCCCCCCAGGCCCGCACCGCCCUCCUGACUGGACUCACGCCGGGCACCCACUACCAGCUGGAUGUGCAACUGUAUCAUUGCACCCUCCUGGGCCCCGCCUCACCCCCUGCACACGUGCUUCUGCCCCCCAGCGGGCCUCCAGCUCCCAGGAAACUCCAUGCCCAGGCCCUCUCAGACUCUGAGAUCCAGCUCACAUGGCAGCAUCCCGAGGCUCCAUCUGGUCCUAUAUCCAAGUACAUUGUGGAGAUUCAGGUGGCUGGGGGCUCAGGAGACCCAAAGUGGAUGGAUGUAGACAGGCCGGAGGAGACAAGCACCAUCGUCCGUGGCCUCAAUGCCAGCACACGCUACCUCUUCCGUGUGCGGGCCAGUGUGCAGGGUCUCGGCGACUGGAGCAACACCGUGGAGGAGUCCACUCUGGGCAAUGGGCUGCAGAGCGAGGGCCCAGCUCAAGAGAGCCGGGCGGCUGAAGAGGGCCUUGACCAGCAGCUGGUCCUGGCUGUCGUAGGCUCCAUCUCUGCCACCUGCCUCACCAUCCUGGCUGCCCUUUUAGCCCUGGUGUGCAUCCGAAGAAGCUGCCUGCAUCGGAGACGCACCUUCACCUACCAGUCAGGAUCGGGCGAAGAGACCAUCCUGCAGUUCAGCUCAGGGACCCUGACAUUGACCCGGCGGCCAAAGCCACAGCCUGAGCCCCUGAGUUACCCUGUGCUGGAGUGGGAGGACAUCACCUUUGAGGACCUCAUCGGGGAGGGCAACUUCGGCCAGGUCAUCCGGGCCAUGAUCAAGAAGGACGGGCUCAAGAUGAACGCCGCCAUCAAGAUGCUCAAAGAGUAUGCUUCUGAAAAUGACCAUCGAGACUUUGCAGGCGAACUCGAAGUUCUGUGCAAACUAGGGCACCACCCUAAUAUCAUCAACCUCUUGGGGGCCUGUGAGAACCGAGGUUACUUAUAUAUUGCUAUCGAAUAUGCCCCCUAUGGAAACCUGCUAGAUUUCCUGAGGAAGAGCAGGGUCCUGGAGACUGAUCCAGCAUUUGCUCGAGAGCAUGGAACAGCCUCCACCCUCAGCUCCCGGCAGCUGCUGCGUUUCGCCAGCGAUGCAGCCAAUGGCAUGCAGUACCUGAGUGAGAAGCAGUUCAUCCACAGGGACCUGGCUGCCCGAAAUGUGCUGGUUGGAGAGAACCUGGCCUCCAAGAUCGCAGACUUUGGCCUUUCUCGGGGGGAGGAAGUAUAUGUGAAGAAGACGAUGGGCCGUCUCCCUGUGCGUUGGAUGGCCAUUGAGUCUCUCAACUACAGUGUCUACACCACCAAGAGUGAUGUCUGGUCCUUCGGGGUCCUCCUCUGGGAGAUAGUGAGCCUUGGAGGCACGCCCUACUGUGGCAUGACCUGUGCUGAACUCUACGAGAAGUUGCCCCAGGGCUAUCGCAUGGAGCAGCCUCGAAACUGUGAUGAUGAAGUGUACGAGCUGAUGAGGCAGUGCUGGCGGGAUCGACCUUAUGAGCGCCCCCCCUUUGCCCAGAUCGCGCUACAGUUGGGCCGAAUGCUAGAAGCCAGGAAGGCUUACGUGAACAUGUCCCUGUUUGAGAACUUCACCUACGCGGGCAUCGAUGCCACAGCUGAGGAGGCCUGAGCUACUCCCACCAGAACCUGGCUCUGCUGGCCGGAGCAAACCGCUUCCAUCUGUGACUUCAGGCCCUUCUAACCUCGGACCCAAGCUGUCUCAAGAGAGUCUCUGAACUCAAAAGAAAAGAUCCAACACACAGGGGCUGAGGGAAACGGGUCCCCAUUCACGGCAGCCACUGCUCUUCUUAUCCUUCCUUCCAGCUCGUUCUGUUCCUCCACAUAUGUGCCCCCCCACUCUUCUGCUCCCUACACCCAAACCCCACUUCUGAUCCUCCACCCAAAGCAGGAUGCAUGCUACUAACACUGCCCCCCCAACUCUCUGCUUGAACUCAGAAAAAGUAAAUAUGCCGAGCAGCCCUGUGUGUCUACAUUUUACAGGUGUUUGGUCCAAGGUGGGGAGAGUUAAUCCCAAGGGCAAAAACUGGACUUGGGAGGAAAUGAAGCACCGUCCGAUAGCGCUGCCCUUCGGAAGUGGUGCUGGGGGCUCUGGAGGACCCGUGGACCACAUACACCACCAGUCUCCACCUCUACCCCAAUCACAUCACAAUUUCCCGUUUCCUCCUGCUUCCCAGCCUCCACACCAGCGUGUCUCCCUGCAUCUCGGGGCAGUCACCCCAGCCUCAGAGUCUUUGCUCUGCCCAGACACAGACCAUGGCAGGACUGGUUGAAGUCCCGGCUCAGCUUGAAGUGACAUUCUACCCCAAAGAGAUGGUGGCUGGACUUGGGGGUCUUUGUGUUCCCCUCUCUCUUAGUUUCUGGGCCACCUUCCCUGGAAGGUCACCAGCUUACAGGCAGCUAAUUGGUCUAAAAGGAGGGAGGCAGAGGCCCCUCCAACUUCAGCCAAUUGAGGUAGAUUCCUUCAGACUGGUGCUGGGGGAGGUGUUCCUCUCCUAACUGAAAGGAGUCCCAUCCCCCACCCCCACCGACAGGGUGACUGGCUUUUCCUCUGACUACUCAUGACUGUCCACAGAUGUCUCUCUCCCUCUGGUUCUUUGUAAACAAAUGGAAUUCUUUUUCAAUGAAUCAGAUGAACAUCCCCCUUCCUCCCCAAAAAAGACAUAAACCUGGAAUGACAAUGUAGUUAACAACACAGAUGCUAGAAUCGCAAGCCUGGGCUCAAGUGGUUGCAUGCCACAUAUUAUCUGUGUGGCCUUCAUCACAUCAUUUACCCUCUCUGAACUUGUUUUUCUCCUCUGCGAAGUGGGGCUGAUUUUAGAUACCUCACUGUUGCUGGCAUUAAAUGAGAUUUUCGGCGGGACUA